GGAGGUAAUUAAAUUAGGAGUUGAUCCCGAAAGUAAGAGUUAUUUCAUCUCCGCCCCGUUUCUCCACAAAAACAUUGCACUCUGUAUAUGUGGAGGACGUUUUGAAUCAACAAAUAAACUCUGAGCAAUAUGAAGAAGAUCUCAGGGUCAAUUUGGUCAAUGCUGCAUCUCUCUCUCCUUUUUCUACUCAUCGCCAUCGGAAUGUUAUCGCCACCUUCUCAUGCCGUUGACGACAAAUGUGCUGCCUGUAAAGCUGUUGCGGGGGAGCUUGAGAUUGGACUUUCCAGGGAGAAGCCGCGGAAUCAUUUGGAUAUGCGCCAUCGCUUGGACUCCAAGGGCCAGCGUCAAGGAAAGUUAAUCGAUUACAGAAUCAGUGAAUUAAGAGUUGUUGAUCUUCUUGAUGGCCUUUGCGAUAAGAUGCAAGACUACACACUCAGGAUAUUUCCAGAUUCACAUGAAUGGUAUAAAGUGGGUAACUGGGAUAACCUCGUAACAAAUAAACAAGAAGCUCGGGCAUAUUCGAAAGAUAUCUCUUCUUAUUGUGGAAGAUUACUUGAAGAAACUGAAGAUGAGCUGACUGAAUUGAUAAAGAAAGGAUCUGUUAAAGUGGGAGGUGUGAGCAAAGUUCUUUGUCAAGACUUGAGCAAACAUUGCAGUCAGACGAGUGUAUCACAUGAGACGGAGGUCGAUGACGAUGAAGACGACCGGGAGCUCUAAAACCCUGGAUAUUAGGGUGGUUGGAAAUAUCUGCCUUUCGGCACUUAUAAGUUAACAGAAAGCAUCACAAAAUUGUUGUAGUUGGAGUUAGAAUGAGUUUCAUUUUUCUUAAUUAUUAAGAGACAUUUUAAUGAUGUGGUUGAUCGGACUCUAAUCAAGUUAUGAGUCACUUUUGACUAUGACUUUAGGAUUGUCCACUGCACUCAUAAAUCUUUUAUUUUGAAUGUUUGGCAAUUCAGAGAUGUAUUACCUCUA